AUGGGACGCCGCCCUAAAGCCUUGGCGUUUCUCUACUCAGACCUGUACGCAGACGCCAUCGGUACCAGAAAGAAGCAGGACGAAGACGUCGAGAGCGUGACCUCCGAGAAAUCCUUCCACAGUCAAGCGUCCGACUCUGAGGACAGAGGCUAUCUGGAGAAGUUUGUGCUCAAGGCUGAGACUCUGGCUGACGUUGUUCCUGAGACAAGCCCAGAGGAACGGCAUGAUCCUUUCAGACCCGCCGGGUACGUGGCACACCACAAAGAAGAAGUGGACAAUCAGGCAGAAGAGCAGGAAGAGAUCACGGAUUUCUUUAGGAACAGUGCAUCUUCAUCGCCCUGUGAACCUGUCAACUUCGAGCAGCUGGAGAAAGAGGAAAAGAUCGAAGCUGUCAGGACACCUCAGGUCACUUUCAAAGAUGAAGUGCCAAAGAAUAAGCCCUCUCAUCUACCGUUGGCUGACGACACGGAUUUUUCAGAUGAGUUUUUACCAGUUGAAAUAAGCGAGGAUUGUCUGGCGUGGGAGGAAAACUUGCAGACGGUUGUCAGAGCUGCGGUAAAAUCAACUUCAACACGCACAAAUGAACUAAGACAAAAAACAAAGUCUGUAAGCGAUAAAAGCUCUCCAGCACCAAUCCAAGCCCAAAACACAGUCAGACCCAUAAUUCCACACCACAAACCCUUCCUGGAUCUGAGCCCGCUGCUGUGCGUCCAGACCGAGGACGAGACCGAAACAACAGAGGUAGAGAACACAAGCGCUGAUGCCUCAUUCAGCACCAAAGCAGCAGCAGAGGUCAGCAAUCAGGACUGUACGAUCCCCGGAGAACUUCCCGACGUGACAGACUCCAGAGGACAGAGCCGUGAUGAUAGAAAUCUCACAAAUCUGCUGCAUGAGGACGCUGCUGAAGCUCCAGCUGCUUCGAGCAAGUCUGAUUGGCAUCUGAGCCUUGCUGAUUCGCUGGCUUGACAAUGAGUGAUCCGUAAGCAUCUGCGUCCAUCCUUCAACAAAACAGAAAACGAGCAGAACAUUAUCAGGAGUCUCUAUGUCUGUCGUGAUGCAUCUGAGAGAUUCAAAUGGAAAAACAGAUAAAUAUGGUAGGCAGUUCCUGUACAGUAUACGGCUGUAGAAGCCUAUGAUCUGUGUUUGUGAGAGUGUAUGUACAGAUUACAACUUAGCCUACCUCAAUAGCUGAAAACUAGUAAAUGACUUAAAAAAGGUAUAAUGUAUCUGUGCUUAAAUGAUGUACAUAUGGUUAUAAUAGUCACUUCUCUGAGUAAAACCAUGCAGUCAGUGAUGCUGCUCAAGCUUCAGCAUAUAUACAUAUGUACUUCAUUUAAAAAUAAUCAGUUACAAA